AUGGCAAACUCAAAGACAAGAACGAGCACCAACAACCCAUUAGGAGGCGAGUAUCAGGUGUUUCUGAGUUUCCGAGGGCCUGACACUCGUCGGGGAAUCACCAAUAGCCUUUACCACGCCUUGGUAGAUGCUGGGAUUCACGUUUUCAUGGAUGAUGAAGAGCUUCGACCAGGAGAAAGAAUUAGUGGCAACCUUCUGCUAGCGAUCGACGACUCUAAGCUUUACAUACCCAUCUUCUCCCAAACCUAUGCUUCGAGUCAUUGGUGUCUUCGCGAGCUUGCAAAGAUGGUGGAGAAUUCCUCUAAAUCUAAAGAAGAGGGGAAUGAGAAGGUGAUAUUGCCCAUCUUUUAUGACGUGAAACCUGCUGAUGUGAAACUGAAAACCCCGUUGUACCGUGAUGCCAUACUAAAUUUGGAGCAAAGGAUGGAGGAUCAAAAGAAGAAGUUCAGCUCUAAGGAUAUAGAGACAUGGCGCCAGGCUCUCAAUGAAGUUGAUGACACCAAGGGGUGGCAGCUGAAGAAAUAUCCAGGGUAA